AUGCAGCGGGCGGGCAGGCACGGCCGGCAGCCCCAGGAGGACGGCCCCAUGGAGAACGGCGUGGGGCAGGAGCCGGGGGCCCCCGAUCCGCCCCCAGCCCCGCGGCCCCCGCGCGUCCGCCCGCGCCUGGUGUUUCGCACCCAGCUGGCCCACGGCAGCCCCACGGGCCGCAUCGAGGGCUUCACCAACGUCAAGGAGCUCUACGGCAAAAUCGCCGAGGUCUUCAGCAUCUCGCCCACCGAGAUACUCUUUUGCACGCUCAACACGCACAAAGUGGACAUGCAGAAGCUGCUGGGGGGGCAGAUCGGCCUGGAGGACUUCAUCUUCGCCCACGUCCGGGGGGAGACGAAGGAGGUGGAGGUGACCAAGACUGAGGAUGCGCUGGGACUCACCAUCACGGACAACGGGGCUGGCUACGCUUUCAUCAAGCGGAUCAAGGAGGGGAGCAUCAUCAACCGCAUCCAGGCGGUGUGUGUGGGCGACAGCAUCGAGGCCAUCAACGACCACACCAUCGUGGGCUGCCGGCACUACGAGGUGGCCCGCAUGCUGCGGGAACUGCCCCGCGCUCAGCCCUUCACCCUGCGCCUGGUGCAGCCCAAAAAGGCCUUUGACAUGAUCGGGCAGAGGACGCGGAGCAGCAGCAAGUGCCCCGCUGAGGGCAGAGUGACCAGCGGGAAGGAGACGCUGCGGCUGCGGGCGCAGGGCCCGGCCACGCUGCAGGAGGGGCCCAGUGCCACGGAGGAAGAAGCCGCCCGCCGCGUGGACGACCUGCUGGAGAGCUACAUGGGCAUCCGCGACAGCGAGCUGGCCGCCACCAUGGUGGAGAUGGCGAAGCAGAGCCCCGGCACCGCCGCGCUCGCCCGCGGCCUCGACUCGGUGCUGGGCAAGUUCGCCUUCCCCCCGGAGUUCGUGGCCGAGCUGUGGGCGGCUGUCUGCAGCACCGGGGGGGUGCGGGAGUAG